AUGCCUGAAAAUAAAACAAAAAAUAGAAAGAAAAGAAGAAAACAGAAAUGGCUACAAACUUUCUUUCAACAGCAAAGCCCUUCUUACUACCCUCUUCAUCCCCUUUCUCUUCCUCAUCAUCAUAUGUUUACUAUCAUCCCAUCAAAUGCACUGUGAAGAGGGAAUUAAGUGUUUGCAAUGCAACCAACCAACCUGUUCUACAUUCUCCAAUUCUAACAAAAAGAGGCUUGUCCAUCAGCUUCUUCACCUGCUUUGUGCUUUCAUUAGCUGGUAAAAAUGUAAAUGCAGCAAUACUUGAGGCAGAUGAUGAUGAAGAACUUCUGGAAAAAGUGAAGCGUGACAGAAAGAAGAGACUUGAGAAGCAAGGUGUCAUCAAUUCUUCCCGUCAAGAAACAGGAUAUCUUCAGGAUCUGGUUUACAAGCUAAGCGAAGUUGGUCAAGCACUCGAAAAGAAUGAUCUAUCUACUGCUGGUUCUGUCCUUGGGGGAAGCACUGAUGCAGAUUGGGUCCUUAGAGCUAAUAUAGCCUUCAACAAGCUGAGCUCCAGUCCUGAAGAGAAGAACGAGGUGGACACGUUCAAUUCCUCAUUAGCUUCAUUGAUAUCAUCAGUUUCUAAGAAUGAUGUCGAGUCCUCCAAACUAGCCUUUGUGUCUUCAGCCUCUGCAUUUGAGAAGUGGACAUCCUUGACAGGGCUUGCUGCUCAGCUUAAGGGGCUUUGAGGAAAAUUAAUAUACAAGAAAUGUCAUUGCAUUUCAUUUCAACAUUUCGUGAUCAAUAUAGAGAAUUCCAUUAAUUUUCUGCCCCAUGUCGCCUCAUGGGUGUCUUAGAGCAGUCUCUUCGUAGCAUUAUGCACUACAUAACGAUCAACAAGCUCAUUCUUUGCUCAACUAGGCUAAGUUCGGGAUAUGAACAGUCACUGAAAUUUGCAAUUUUGAUGCCACUAUUUAAUAAUGAAACGUUUGCUAUUUUUC